AAAAGAAAGGCAAUUUCCUGAAACCACGUUCAAAGAAUUUUUUUCAGUAGCAACUUGUUCUUCCCACUUGCAUUGUCCGGCUCAAUCCAGCCAGAUAAGAUCCCCUUUCGUAUUCUCAUUUCAUUGUGAAUUUCUCUUUCUUAUAUCCCUCUUUAAUCUCUCUAAAAUCUUCUAUUUUUUUUAUAGAGGAAGAAAAAAAAUUUUGGGGCCUAAAAAGAAAUGCCUUCUACUCUUCAACUUCAAACAUAUAUAUCUACGACCACAACCACAACAACCACCAGCACCACAUUUGUGACCGAUACGGAAGAUAAUAUGAUAUCAGUCACAACUUUGGCUGCAGAGAUGAAACCCUCGUUAGCGCAGGAGCUAGCGAGGGAGCUUUCACUUUGUUGUCCAUCUCCUGAUAAAGAGAUGGACACGGUCGCUAGGUACCAUAACCAUGAGGUUGGGCCUAACCAGUGUUGCUCGGUCGUGGUGCAGCGGAUCGCUGCACCCGUCGAGACUGUUUGGAAUUUGGUUAGACGUUUUGACGAGCCUCAAACCUACAAACAUUUUUUAAGAAGUUGUCGGGUGAUCGCUGGAGAUGGUGGUCAAGUCGGAUGUUUAAGGGAAGUUCACGUGGUGUCCGGCAUCCCAGCUAACAGUAGCACGGAGCGACUAGAAGUGCUUGACGCGGAAUCCUAUGCUAUAGGAUUCCGCGUCAUAUCUGGAGAACACCGACUUCAAAACUAUCGAUCUAUUACCACUCUACACCCCUCGUCAUAUUCCGCGCUAACAAAUAAAGCAGACACCGACACAAAAGGAGCGGGCGAUUUCACCGCCCGCUCCUGCCCAGGGACAAUAGUGGUGGAGUCGUACGUGGUGGACGUACCAAAUGGAAAUACAAAAGAAGAGACGUGUGUUUUUGUGGAUACAAUUGUACGUUGCAAUUUGCAAUCACUAACAAAAAUUGCAGAAAGAAAGGCUAAAUCAUCCUCAUCGACGACAACUAAUCCAUCAUCUCCAUCUACAUCUCCAUCAUCAUCAUGUAAAGUAUCAUAAACUAAUUAAUUAUCAAUUUCUUUAUAUUCACAAAUACCCUUUUUUUUUUAUUUAUUUAAAUUGUUGAUACAUAAAUUAGGAUUUUUCUUUCUUUUCCCUUAAAUGUUUGGGAAAAAGAAAUGAAACUGGGCAGCUUGUUUGGUACGAAGAACAUUAUAGUCCCAUGUUAUUCGUCGUCAAUUACUGCCAUGAAUUAAUGUUAAGUUGUGAGUUUAUCAAUUGUUUAUGUUUAAUGAUUAGUUAAUAAUGAGAGACUUUUCUAAUCUAAUAAAAAAAUCGAAGAAUUGAGUUUUGUCUCA